UGCCAACAUGUACCUCUACAUGUUCUUUGGUGGCCUCUUGGAGUUGCCCUCCUACAUUCUCUUGUGGCCUCUCGUCUCCUUCUUGGGCCGCAAAUGGUCCUUCAUUUCCCUCUUCGUGGCGUGUGGGGCUGCCAUCGUCAUCAUCCCAAUCCUGGAUGAGUUCGCUCCUACAGCUCCGGUAAGUGCCAAGGUGGCGUUUUCUCUCCUUGGCAAGAUGGCCAUCAACAUGGCAUUCCAGCUGGCCUACCUGUACACGGGCGAAUUGUAUCACACAUCACACCGUUCCUUCUACAUCAGUUUGGGUGCCAUUUUUUCGGCUGCAGGCGGUGCAGUGUCGCCUUACAUCAAUGACCUCUUGGUCAACAUAGCUACAUGGGCGCCCCCCGUGACUUUUGCAGCGAUGUCCUUCCUGGCGGGGGCGUUAAGUCUCACUUUACCGGAAACGAAGGACGAGGAACUUCCGGAAAACGUUGGCGACGUUGAAACGUCCGCUUCUGCGUCCCAUCCGAAAAGAGAGCCGUCAUAGGGAAUAAUCGUUUGUACAAGAGUGCUUUGUGUUAUGUGUGAUGACGAUGAUGAUGUUGAUGAUGAAUGUACUUAGGUGUAAUGCGUUAUUUUCAUUUGACGCGUCUCUGAUCGCUUGACGCCCGCGGAAGGGACGGGAGAUCUUUGUCAGCAACUGGAUGGUUGUCGUUGUUUUAUUUGCUUCGAAAGAGAGGAAGGUGGCAUUUCAGGUCUGUAGUAAUAUUGAUCAGAUAUUAAGGAGGUUAGUGUUUUCACUUAUGCUGUUAAGUCUUUCGUUAGCCAAGUUUUUGUUGAAUUUCCGUUUUGUUUGUUUUCAGUAUCAUCCAUUACUAGUAGUGUUGUAUAGCAGAAAACUUUUUAAUUUAAUUUUUUAUUUUAUAGAUAAUUGUUUUAUUUCUUUCCUAGAAU